AUGAAAGCAAGGGGUGAAAAGCUUGGCGCAAGGUUGCGACUGGUCAAGUUGCUAGCAUUGGUCGAUGCAAGAAAAGCACCGGGCGAGUACCGGAAUAAUGUCGCGAAGGAUAAGCCCGUGCCCCUUAUUGGGAAUCAUCUCAUUAUCAUGUCCACGCCGAGGCCUAAUGUGUCUGUUUAUGGCGAAGAUGUCGAGCCUGAAAAGAAGGAGAAGUCGCAAGUUAAAGGUGACUUCGAGCCGAGGCCUAAUGUGUCUGCGUAUGGCGAAGAUGUGGAGAUUAAAAAGGAAGAGAAGUCGCAAGUGAAAGGCGACUUUGAGCCGAGGCCUAAUGUCUCUGCAUAUAACGAAGAUGUAAAACCUAAAAAGAAGGAAAAAUCGUACGUGAAAGGUGACUUUGAGCCAGUCCUAAUAUAUCGGCGUAACCGACGAUGUGAAGCAACAAAAGGCUAA